UCUAAUAGUUCCAGCGUGGUAUACGGGACUGGUGAGACUGUUCUCUCAUGUUAGUACGCACGUCGAAUACAGUGAAUAUGGUAUGGCGGGAGAUGGCGACGAGAGGAGUCCCACAUUGUGGUUCGCCCAAACACGUGACCUCCGCGACCGCCACAAACGCGUCUCAUAUUUAUGGCUUUCUCCACUCCACACGCGUUGCACACUCCUAUAUUGUACAUGCUCACGCAUGCUCAACUGCUCACACUUUAAAAGAACCAGAGAUGUCAGAAGACCUUUUGAAACAUCUUAACUCUGCUCAGACUAGAUGCGUGACUCAUCGUCCAGACUCACCGCUCCAAAUUUUAGCAGGUCCGGGAAGUGGCAAGACGAAAGUUCUGACAUCACGAAUCGCCUACAUGAUAUUGCACCACGGGAUGGACCCAUCGUCUAUAUGCGCUGUCACGUUCACCAACAAGGCAGCCAACGAAAUGCGAGCGCGUCUCUUAAAGCUCAUUGGUAAAGAUAGCGUUAAUAAAGUGAAAUUGGGAACUUUCCAUGCGAUCUGUGCCCUCUUUCUGCGGAAAUAUGGAACAUCGGUGGGCCUCGACGGGAACUUCACUAUAUACAUUCAAGUGAAUGCCGCUACUCUCUGUUCAUUGAUUUCUCGAGCCAAAUCUAAGGGAGAAACUCCAGAAGAUGUUAUGCCACGCAAAGAAAGUCGACAUGUUUCAAGCAAAGCUGCUUCCUCCAAGUCAACGAACGAAGAUUUCCAGCGUGUCUUUGCAGAGAUAUACCGCGACUAUGAGAAGACCUUGCGCAAAAGCAAUAGUCUAGACUUCGAUGACCUCCUUCUCUUUGGCGUUAGGCUUUUCUCACGGCAUCCGAGAUAUGCUGCAUGGUGUCAGCAUAUACUUGUCGACGAAUUCCAAGACACGAAUGCAGUCCAAUACGAGCUCAUGUGUUGUAUCGCUGCUGCCUGUCGUUGUGUGACGGUUGUUGGGGAUCCCGAUCAGUCAAUAUACGGUUGGCGAUCUGCAGACAUUACAAACCUUGGCAAGAUGCAAAAUGACUUCCCGAACGUAGCGCAGAUCAUGCUUGAGCAAAAUUACCGUUCGGCGGGAUCUAUCCUUGCGACGAGCCUCGCCAUUAUCUCGCAAGACUCAUCACGGAUUGCAAAAACCCUGCAUACAGAUCAUCCGCUUGGGCCUCUUCCAAUGCUCCGUUCGUUUCCUACAGAACAUGACGAAGCUGCUUUCAUUGCAUGGGAGAUCAACCGCAUGAUAGCACAAUCAGGAGGGAUGUUAGGUUUUGGAGACUUUGCGGUGCUUCUACGUUUUAAUGCUAUAUCUAGAACAAUUGAGAACGCGCUUCAAAAGGAAGGUAUUCCCAAUCGAAUGCUCGGUGGACAUCAGUUCUUCGAACGGGCAGAAAUUAAAGACAUCUUAGCAUACCUCCAGCUCGUGGAUAAUCCACACUUUGAGCCGGCAUUUUCUCGCGCUGUCAACAUUCCUUCACGAGGAAUCGGGGAUAAGUCCCUAGGGGAAAUUCUUUCACGAGCACAGAAACUCGGAAUCUCACCACUGACUCUUGUUGAACGCAUCCACGACUCUAUAAUACCGGAUCUGAAGCCAUCUGUAAAGCGCAAGGUCCAAUCCUUCGUGAAUGUUAUGCGAUCACUGAAAUCAUCUGCCACUGAUGGAAUGGAACCAGCCCAGUUGAUUGGCAAGUUGAUCGAGCUCAUCGGGUACCAAGAACACCUGAAAAAGUCGCAGCCUGACUGGGACACACGAUGGGAGAAUGUUCAAGAACUGAUCAACUUCGCGAGUGACGCCACCGCUGACGCCUCAAAUGUUCCUGUUGUUGAUGGAGACGAGUCGUCGUUACAGGAUACUCCGCUAAGACAGUUCUUGCAAGCAUCAAUGCUGUCAUCUGCAGGUGAUCAGUCGAAUGAAAACGAUGACGAGGUUUGUCUUUCGAGGUCAAAAUUCCGAUUACUCAGCUUUUGCAACAGAAGGUGUCUAUUGCAACUUGCCACGCAGCGAAGGGUCUUGAAUGGCCAGUUGUAUUUGUCCCAGCAGUGGAACAUGGAACAUUCCCUUUUUACCGGUCAGAUGACAUCCAUGAAGAAAGACGCCUUCUAUAUGUUGCAUGCACUCGAGCGCAGACAUCACUUUACCUAACGCACACCUCAAAGCGCAAGGUCGCUGGCGUUUUCAAAUCCAGAGACUUGUCUGAAUUCAUCUCUAAAAUCUGUUACAAGCAUCCACCGUUGUUCUCCGACAUGCCUCAUACGCACUCCACUCAAGACCUUCGUCUUAUAGCAAGAAUUCUGAAUAGAGGGUCACGUAUGCCUGACGAACUGGAGGUGAAGCGACGAAUGACAAUGUUUAAUUUGACCGCAAGACAGAUUCAC